CACUCAAAUUAGAAAAUCACAGGCCCAAGAUCUGGAAUAACCUAACCCUACUUUCAGCCAGACGGUCGCACGCUAUAUCUCCUUUCCAUCUCCUCCAUUUACACCCAACCCCUCAAGUCGCAGUCUACACUACGUCGAUCGUCUAAUAUAUUGAGGUUAGUCGAUUAUCAACAGUGAAUAGAUCAAACCUAGAGGGUGUUGUUAAGCUACAAUGACUUUCAAGAGGAGGAAUGGAGGUCGCAAUAAGCAUGGCCGUGGCCACGUCAAGUUCGUCCGUUGCUCCAACUGUGGAAAGUGCUGCCCUAAAGACAAAGCCAUCAAGAGGUUUAUGGUAAGAAACAUUGUGGAGCAAGCUGCUGUUAGAGAUGUCCAAGAGGCUUGUGCUUUUGAAUCAUACACUCUUCCAAAGCUCUAUUUGAAGGUGCAAUACUGUGUUUCGUGUGCAAUUCACUCUAAGGUUGUCAGAGUUCGCUCGCGCACUGAUCGGAGAAAUCGAGAACCUCCAGUGCGUCAAUUCAGACGCCCAAUGGACAAUGCACCUCCUAAGCCUGGUGUGCCACCACGUGCUGCUGGCGCUCCUCCAAGUGCUGCCCGUACAUAGAAGCGGUCUGCAUCCAGAGAACUUGUUACAUCUCCAUCUUAAAUUAAAGUUGUUUCAUUUUGAUACUCCGUUUUUACCAUGAAUCUUUUGUUUUAGUUGGAUAAUCGCGCCACUUUUAUUAUUGUCUUCAUAAUUGCGAGAUAAACCAAGUGUUAUGCCAUGCUAACUUAUUUUGAAUGCUUAAUAAAAGAGCAAUAGUAACUAACUCAUACUACGCAGUACGCAUGACUCGAAGUUUAAAUCAACAGUAUUGAACGAACA